AUGGCGGAAAUUGAAACCUAUAAAAUCUCGGAGCCCUACCUCCACACCGAGUGUGCCCUGGGAGAAGGGCCGUACUACGAAGAGGCUACAGGAGAGCUACGCUUUGUCGAUAUUGUCAAGAAGGAGAUCCACUCUGUCAAUCUUGCUGAAGGACCAAACUCUCACAAGGUGACAAAAUUGGAACAUUCGGUCGGUAUAACCGCAGAUAUCGAUGGGCACGAGGGAGAGUAUAUAGUUGCUGCCAAAUUAGGGUUUGCAAUCUUCAAUAAGACGACCGGCCAACUGCGAUAUAUCAAGAAGGUCUACGAUGAUCCCACAACCGCUGAGAGGUUCAACGACGGAAAUGUUGAUUCAAAGGGCCGUUUCUGGGCAGGCACUAUGUACGAUUUCCACUCUGGAGUACCACAACCAGAAGGAUGUGUAUUUCGCCUGGAUCCCGAUUUGACGUUACACCGAAUGAUUGAAAAUGUUUGCAUACCAAAUGGCAUGGGUUGGAGUCCUGACGAUCAAACGUUCUAUUUUACGGAUUCGCCGUCGAAGAGUAUAGUGGCUUAUGACUUCGAUCCUGAGAGUGGAAACAUCUCGAACAAACGUACUUUCUUCACUCUGGACGAUGGGGAUGCCGUCCCAGAUGGUUGCACCGUAGACUCUGAGGGUUACCUUUGGGUUGCGAUUCAUGAAGGUAGCCGCGUUAUACGCGUUUCCCCAGAGGGAAAACAGGUUGCCGAGGUUAAAAUGGAUGCUUGGAAGAUAACCUGCCCGAUAUUUGGGGGCCCCAACAAUGACGAGCUUUUCAUCACAUCGGCUGGUGUAGGCUCCGAUGACCCGAAGCCCGAAGGAUGUAAGGACAAUGGGGCUGUAUUUCGGUUCAAGACAUCCACGACAGGGCUGCCGUCAAACAAAUUUGUUUUGUCCGCAAAGCCAUAG